AUGGUAUCACCGUACUACGAGGUGUUUAUGACCCCCCAUUUGGAUGACUAUCAUUCUGAAGAUGAGGUUGACCCCUCGAUGGAGGAAUCUGAAUGGCCACCAUCACAAUUAAAGAUAUAUGUAUUCUCAUCAAAGUCGGGUUGCUGGAAGGAGAAGUAUUUUUUUCGACAAGGGGGUGCUACAGGGAUUGUCAGUGAGAGGCACAUGGGUUACAAGCGAUCCAAUGGCGUCUAUUAUCGAGGAGCACUUUACGUACUCUGCAGUGUUUAUUUAAUUAUGAGGAUAUCAUUGUCUGAUAAUACGUACAGUGUAAUUAAACCACCUGUCAUGGAUACCAGAGCACACGACUAUCCUUGUGUCGAGAUUGUUAGAUCAAAAAAGGGGGUGUACUUUGUGGCAUUUGAUAGGUACUGGCCUCAGCGUAAGUGUUGGCUUGGUGUUUGGAUCCUUAAUGAAUCAUGUGGUCAGAUGGGGUGGAUGUUGAAGCAUGACAAAGACCUUAAGCAUGCGCUAGCACAUCACCGAUAUUGUGGACGACUUCAUUGGAUCUUAGAAGAUAUUAACUAUAACCUGUUUUGUUCUUCUAGUUUCCUAGAAGGCAACAAGAAAGCAACCACUGAGGAGAUUUUUGAAUGGAACUCUGACGAUGAUGUUGAAAACGAGAACUUGGUUAAGCAUUGUUGCUUAGAAGACAACAAGAAAGCCAUAAUUGAAAAGAAAUUGGAUUGGAAGUACAACAAUCGUAAUGUUGUUAACAAUUGUGAUAUGGUUGAAGAGUGUCACUGGGGUGAAGAGCAUUAUGAUGAUUCAUAUGAUGGAGACAUUGAGAUACUUGGGUUUCACCCAUACAAAGAGAUUGUCUUCUUGAGUAGUACACCAGAGUGGACAGCACUGGCAUAUCAUUUGAAUGGCUUCAAGAUUGAAGAAUUAGGGAAUAUAUACCCAAAUGAUUAUGGUCAUUUCAAACAGUUAAGUAAUGAACAGGAGAGGAUCAAAUCUUUUCCAUACACCCCAUGUUGGAUUGAAGAGUUACCUAGGAACAAUUAG